UUUCCGAAAAAAAGAAAAAAAAAGAAAAGGAAAGAGGGAAAAAAGCAAAAACUGCUGUGGUACUACAUCUGGAAUAGAGACUCGUGCUUUGAGAAUCUAUAGUGGGAUCCCGUAGUAAAGGCAACCCAGUGUUUUCUUCCUGCUCUCUUUCGCUUUUCAAGGAUUUGUUCCUCUCUCCCUCACCUACGAACCCAAAAAUGCUGGCCAUUCUGUUAGCAACGAUAGUCUUGCAUCUGACAGACCUUAUCAUUCUCUUCAUUGCCACAUGUGCUAAUGCGUGGAGAACACAUGGAGUUACAAAUUAUGACCUCUGGUACGACUGCACACAAAAUAAUGGAGGAUAUCAAUGCCGUGGGACUAGUGAUGCUGACUGGCUUCAAGCAGUUCAAGCCCUCAUGGUCCUAGCCACCGUUUUCUGCUUGAUCUCCUUCAUCAUCUUCCUCUGCCAGCUCUUCACUCUCGUAAAGGGAGGUCGCUUCUUUUUCACAGCCGUCUUCCAGGUCCUCGCCAGUCUGUUUGUGAUGAGCGGGGCCAUCAUCUACACGGUGAUGAGUCCAGAGUGGAAAAAUGAGAAUGAUGCUUACGGAUACGCCUUCGUCCUGGCCUGGCUGGCUUUCCCUCUCACGCUCAUCAGUGGCUUCAUUUACAUUGUCCUGAGGAAGAAAGAAUGAGAGUUCAGGCCUCAGGGAUUGUUGUAGAACUGAGAACACUACUCAGAUGACAGACUCUAACCUAACGGCCGUCUCCUCCAGGCCUGAAUAUUUAGACCCUAAUGUGAUCAAAGAAACUGACAGUUCAUGAAGAUUGAAUACAGCGAAGACACAGUGUGCAUGACACAAAAAAAAGGUGUCUUUGGCUGGUGAGCCUAUUUAUAUCACUUUUAUAUGGCUUUUUUUUGUAAAUAGUAAUGCUAUGAAGUGUCAAUGAAGGCCCUGACUUUUUAAGAUUUUACUCAAGGAGGAGAGAUAUAGGAAAAGUAUCAUUCUUUUUUGUUUUGUUUUGUAUUGUGUGUUAUAACCCUUUUCAAAUAUCUUGUUUUAAAAUGUCAUAAUAAAGCGUAUUCUCAAAGGGAAUUUGUUGACGUCGAUUUGAAAUUUUCUCUUAUAUCCAAAUUCCAGAAUAAUAAAACAAAGAAUUGUGUUUGUUUUGUGUUUGAAAUUCUUUGGAAAUGGUGCUAUGUAUUUACCAUUGCUGAAUAUUUUAUAGUUAGAUACACCUAUAGGCUCAAAUGUUGUGUUAAAUCUCACGAAAACAUUUUAUAACGCAUAUUUUACCUGUGAUUAUAUCGCUUUAUGAGAUGUCUUCUUUCUGUAUUAUUUUUUGUUUGUUUAAGAAAAAAAAUAAAUAUCUAAUUUUU